AUGUCCACCUUUAACCUCAACAAGAUCGUUGAGUCGCUUCAGUCGACUAAAAUCAAAAGCAGAAAUGAUGCCUUGAACCUCUUGGCUGGCAUGGCCGCUUCCAAAUUGAGAUUGCAUCCCAAACAGUUCAAUGCUCUUGUCAAUGGUCUUCUCAAGCUGAUCGACAUCGAGAAGAACGUCUACGUCAAUAAUACCUCCAACCCUGUGAUUUCCAGAUUGUCCAUUGCCUCGAGUUUCUUAAGAGAUGUGGUAGAAGAGGAAUUGAAGACGCCGCAUCAGAGACCUCGCUAUAAGCAAUGCCAAUCCAUCGUCACCAGCAUCAUCUCCUGUUAUUUCCUCAGUUCAGGGCAAACCCUUGAACCGUGUGUUGUUUCCUUCUCCCAGAUUAUUGAGAAAUUGCUUCUGGAGGCAUUCUUCACCACCCACUUGACUGCAGAAGCCUGGUUAAGGCUCUACAAGUUUCUAGUUAGGGCGAUCAACGUUGCUUUGGACGAAGAAACCAAUUCUGCUCCCAAUGAGAACCUACUUUGUAAUCUACUAAAGUCUGUGUUGCUUUUGAUAGGCGACAUCGGAUCGCUGGUUUCCUUAACUAUUUACCACGAUCGUGCUUACUUUCCACUUUUAAACCUCAUAAAGAGGUGCCUCCAAACCUACGAUAGAAGAGCAAGUCCCGUGCUUAUUGGCUGUUUCAAGCUCAUUAAUAAGUUAGUUAUCAUUCUAGCGACGGAAGAUGUUUGUCUUUCUCGCGAGCUCAUCAAGCAUGGCUUCAAGUGCAUCAUGCAAUUCUCCUCUACUUCGGUAGAAUCAUUGUUCGCCCAGUUCACAUUAUUUCUCAAUCUUGACCCUGUUCAUCUCUACUUUGAUGUGUCGAAACUUCCAAAACUCAUUAGCAUGGAAGGCGACUCCAUGGACGAUGAUCAGAGGUUAAUCAACACCUCUGACCAGGAUAUUGAGCUACAACUAUACACUGUUGGAAUGCUUAUUCAGGAACUAGUCGUGCGCUCAUUUAGCAUAGUGGGAAAUAUGAGCCCAAAUGAGUUAGUGGUACAUGAAAAUGAUGCUCUUAACUGGUUCAACCUUCCCACUCUACUGUUCAUUGGCUCGAACCCGUCAGCGUGGCUAUUUCUUAAUGGUCUUGUGAAAUUGAUUAACUCAUACUACAAAUUGAAGUCUCACUUAACUUCUUCGUUUCUGGAACCACCUGAUCGGAAUAACAGAUAUUCGAAAUCAUUCACACAAUCCAACGUCCCAUCCAUCAAAAGACAAAAGUUAAAAGACCUGAGAACUAAACUAUGGGCAUGUGACUCUCCAGUACUGUUCUUUAUGUCCCUUACAACAAAUCAAAACGAUAGCAAGAGUCAGCUCUGUGGUAUUCAGUUACUUACAAUUCAUUGUGAGCUCUUCGAAAAUAUUAUAACUUUGAGCGGGCCCGCUCCAAACAUUGAAACCGAUUCGGCCACUUCUUGGAACUUCAAUGACUCCACUUUGUUGGAUUUGAAUUUGGUAACAUCAAACGACUCCAACUCCAGAUUGUUACCUAGCCUCAAUCUCAUGAUACGACUUUUAAGCGAGUCCAAAAUGACUUUUUGGGUACUACUAUGUUGCCGUGUCAUUAUGAACACAAUGGAAUUGACUGCUGGUCAUACUAAUCAGACGCUCACAAAGCGCUUGCAUCAAAUGCUUAAACUAUCAAUUCCUAUCAUUAAGGAGAGCGAAUGUUCAACAGUAGCAACCAGCAUAGUUGUCAAGAUAUUGCAACUGCAGUCAGACUCAGAAAUUCAUAUCCUUAUCGAUGACAACUUCAAGUCACAACUUCAUAAUGUUAUUGAUUUGGCAGAUUUGGCGGGCCCCUCUUCGAUUGACUCGCACGCGUUAAACUUCUGGCAAUGCUUGUCUAGAGUAUUCCAUGGACUGUCCAAAAGUGAAACUCUUGCUUUCAGCAUCAGUCGGUGGUUUAUAUCAAAGUGGCUGGACAACUUAAUAAAUUCCGAUUCAGGAAUGAAGAAGUACUCUCAACGGCCAAUGCCAGAUCCUCGCGUCAUUCGUCAGCUAAUUUGCUGGCUAAGUGGAAUGAAACUUCUAAAAACAAAACAGCCAAUGAGUCAACCGAUUUGGCAGAGUGAGUAUUCCGCGAUUUAUGAAGAGAUGGUGCUCCACAGAGAUUUGCAGGCUUUCAUUGCUGAACAGAGUACUGAACUCGACAUUGGAACAUCGAGAGAUACAUCAAAUGUUCUGUCACCUUUCCCAGCGGCUUCCGGUGCUGUAGAAUCGAUUUGCUCCCAGAUUAGUGAAACCACGGUUCUAGUAAUCAACUCUGAGGCUAGCUUUGAAAUAAUGACAGACUGGGCGGUUUCACUCUCGAUAAUCUUAGAUGGUCUUUUCGUUGAUUCUUGUUCUGGUUUCGAUUAUUUAUUGAAUUGUUUGCAGGAGAGUUGGCAAAUUCUUCUAGGUCGAAUCAGCUCCUUCGAUCUUGCUUCCUAUAUCGUUCGACUGAUAUUAGAGUCGCAAGUUUCCAAUGAAAUUUUAAUCCGCUCAAAUUUCCAACUUGAGUCCAUCUUGUUUCGUCUUCGAGAAUAUCAGAAUCGAGAACGUCUACUUCUUAAUCGAAUAGCUCAAGAUGGCUCGGAUUUCGAGGACUUUUCUUCUUCUGGUGGCGAGCAAGUACUCUCCCAUCAUGAUCGUUCAUUCUCAAGAACUCCAUCAGAAGAACCAAAAGUUGCAGAUACAGUUGAUCUCUUCAAGUUCAAUGUGCUCUAUGGUGGUGGAAGCAUAGAAGAUCAAAUGAGACAACUUGAUAGCAUGGAAGCUUCAGCAGUCCUUGCAUGUGUCCAAUUUUAUACCAAUUUUUUGAAGUCUAGGCCUGUUGAAUUUCUCAAGAAUAAUUCAUUUGUUCGUCUUAUUCGAGCAAUUGGCGAGGGUCCAUUAUCUAACCAAUCGCUUGAUAGAUGUGACCAAGUCAUAUCCGCCUGCUCUGAGCUCAUUGGUCUAUUUCUUCCGGUAUGUCUUGAAAAGGAAUUGAAAGAACUUGCGAAUGAUUGUGUUGACCUAUUUAAUUAUCUUUCGCAGUGUGUUCAGAAGGGAUUGUUCUUGACUGAGUCCAAGAUAACCAAUUUCUGGACGCUCUUUCUACAUAUAUCAACCCUUGGCACUUCUUUAGUUCCUGAAUCUCGCCUGUUGACUACUUUUCUAGAAGACUUUGAGGACUUUUCGAAUAGCGUUAAGAUUGGGAUUUCUGAGUCACUCAAUAAAGUGUUGACCAGUUUAGACUUAACCGGACGGAUGAACAUCUAUCAAGAGAUAUUUAUCCGGUUUCCAAAUCCUCAGUCAUCAAUUGAACGUUGUGCAACAUACUGUUUGUUUUUUAGCAAGUUAACAAAGAAAAACCAACAGUUAAGAAUGGCAGCCUUAUUUAACCUCAUUGAAUGCACUAGGUUUGAUUUCUUCAAACCUUUUCUCAAAGGUGCAAUUCAAAUGAUCAGCGACUCUGCGGGAGAAGACGGUCCCAAACAAUUGUUUCAAUCCUGUAAACUUGAAAUUAUCAAGUGUUGGUGGAGGUAUAACCAUGACAUUUUCGAGUUUCCGUAUGACUUGUUCGGAUUUCUGGAUAGAAAUUCAUUUUUGUCCGAUAACUAUCGGGAAAUUGUUGCAGUCUUGAUUGCCAUCAAGCCUGAAUCGAAUGUCGAUCAUUUCAUAGUUAUUGGCAACAUUGCAAAAAUUAAAAGAUCGGAUAUUCAAAGUUUGGUGUGUGAUAGCUUGCCAUUGAUCGUACCUUUGGCUUACACCUCGAAAGGUAUCAGGAAUUCUGUUUACAAAUCUUUGACAGAAGUUUUGAAUGAUUACUACAAGACUUAUAUGAGGCAGAAAUUACCAUUGACGAUUUUGGAAACAAUCCGAUUUACAGACUUGAAGAGUGAAAAAGCUGUUUCGAGUACGUUAUCUUUCGCAAGAAAUAUUAAAUGUUUCAAUUCGGAUGAACUAGUGGAAACCUCUCUGCAGACGAUUGUAUCUCCCAGCUCAAGCUUGGAUUUAAUCAAUGCAUUAAUUGCCAAGUAUUGGGUCCUCGAGGAUGGCCCUUAUUGGACUGAACAGCAUAUAUACUUUCUCAUUCGACAGCUUGGAAGAACCCGAAAUGAGAACAAGCUCUUGUUUUUGAGGGCACUCAAGUAUGUACUCUGUUUGAGUAACCUGACACUAUCCGGUUUCAAACUAUUUGAGUUGAUUGUCGAUGUGUGUUUUUCGUUGGAUUCCCCAGCACUUGACAAGGAAAUUUUUGUUGUGCUACAGCUAUUUGAUCAAGAAUGCCUCUUUGAGGAAAAUAUCCAAAAUUCUAUCUCAACAAUAUUCAAAAUAUUGUGUAAGGUUUGUGGCGGUCCUUCCUCCGAUGAGAAGAUAAAGUAUAUUCGAGCAUUUGAUACAUGCUACUCUUCGCGAGAAUCCAUGUUUGGAACGUCGGCCGUGUUAAUUCGUGCAGCAUUAAACAUUUUUAAACUGGAAAGUGUGAAUAUAAGCUAUAGCGACUUCGAAAGUUUCUUGAUCGAUCCACAGUUGCAAUCUGCCAUUCAGUCUAACUACCAAAUUGUCAUCGCUUUGUUGUCGAGCCUACUGAAAUUCGCUAGAAAGUCAAAAGUUAAGAUACCAGACGAAUGUCUAGUUAAACUAUUUGUGAGGAAUGGAACCGAAUCUGCUAAUACUGACUUGACGUUAUGGAUUUCCGAAUAUUUGUCUCAGUUUUAUUUGUGGGGAUUAUUUGAGAAACAUAUUGAUUCUAUUAUUGAUGGCGAGGAGUUCUAUCCACUAAAUAAGAACGAAUUCUUAGAGCAAAUUGGGAGGAUGGAUUUCUUUUUGGAUUUACUUAUUGAUAAUGCUCGCAGUUCCAACUAUGAGCAUGCUGCUUUCGUGGAAACUAUAUUGGGAUCGCUUCUAUGGAAGUUCGAAAGCAGAAAAAGUGAUGUUCAAAAAUUUCUCAAUUUUGAAAAGUAUUAUCCUGUUUUGAGGACUUAUUUGGCACCGCUAGAUUUUCAUUCUUGCAUUCUUCUCAACUCCUCUGACAAUGAUCUUGAUGUUGCCACGGUUUCCUUGGAUUUCUUCAUUGCUAGUUUUCCUUCUCUUCUAGUCGAGAGCAUAUCUCAAAAUUGGAUGAGUCAACUACUGCUUUCGAUAGUUCAAGAAGUUGCUACAUUCACCAGCAUGGCCUCACUUCUUGCAAGUUAUAUUCUCAAGAUUCCCGAGUCGUCUGGAACUCUCCUCCCCAAAUUAAUAUGUUUCUAUAUCACCUUAACUGGAACAGAUGGAGCGGUCAAGAUAAAGAAUUUGAUCGAAUCGUACUGGAGGAAUUUCCGAAGACCUUACGAUUUUUCGUCUAUUGAAAUGUUUAAGGACACAAUUCUUCUCGCCCGCGUUGGUGCAAAAUUGGGUAUUGAAGUGUUCAGGAAAUUCUAUGACUCCCUUAAUAAGUCUGAGUUAUACUUGAUUGUUAAGCAAGGCUCGUUUCUGAAAUCAGCUUUGAUUUUAUUUGAAGAUUCUAUUGAUGGAUGCCUGGAGAAUGCGAACUAUAGAUCCCAGAUGUCAACAAUUGGUAGCAUUUAUGAAUCUCUAGACGAGAACGAUCUUUUUGAAGCUCUACCUGAAUGCUCAACUAUUGAUAGCACUCUGACUCUUAUUGCUCAACUUGGAAGUUCUGCUGACAAGGUACAUUAUUCAAGUGGGCAACUUGAUGCGUCUAUUUUCCUUAAGGGAACAUCAGAGCAAAAGCAAGUCACUCUGUCCUUGAUUGAAGAUGGGCUCCUUGGUAUUUCGAAAGCUUUAGGAUUUAACUCAGAAAAUAACUCAACUUGCUAUGAAUGGGCUUGGAAACUUAAUCUGUGGGACAUUCCUGUUUCACAAAUCCCACAAAAGAAGCAUGAGAUUAUCUAUUCAUAUUUCAAGCAGCUAAAUGUGAUCCCUUCUCUGGCGAAUGAGAUCUAUAAAAGCUCAAUUUUACUGAUCAUGGAGCAGCAAAAGAACGUACUCGGAAAAGGAAGGUCUGAAAAUGAAAUAAAGUCACAUUUCAAACAAAUUUUUGAGUCAUUAGCGAUUAUUCAUUGCCUGCAAAGUGUUUUUGACAGAAAACUCGUUAAUGUUGAUAAAACUGCAAAGGACUUCAACAAGUUAACACUGUGGUUCCAGAAUUCAGAUCUAGAGUACUUUGAAGAUAUUCUCAAGGCAAGGCAAAUAGCAUUCAAGUUAUUGGGUGAUCAGAUUAUUGACUCGACUCAAGACGUGGUCUCUGUUUCCUCUUCGCAUGACCUUUGUUUGCAGGGUUUCGCUAAUGAAGUCGUUAGAUCGACUGAAAUGUAUCGUCAGAAUAGGCAGAUUCAAAAAAUGGUAAGUUCAACCGUUCUUUUAGACAAGUUCGUUAGAACUAGCAAUUUCCACAAUAAGAAUGUCCAGGAUGAUUUAAUACGUGUGGCUAAAUUCCAAUUUGCCAAGACACUCUGGGUGAAUGGUCAGACCAGUGUCCCUGUUGCUAUGUUGGAGGAUUUACAAAAUGAUGGGUCGAUUGACUUCCCAUUCACAUGUCUCUGUAUUGACAAAGCCCUCAUAUCUGCCACGCUUGCUAAAUGGCUAGCAGAGUCUAGACAGAGUCUUGGAAUAACCAUUUUGAAUCAGAUUAUUGAUCCAAUGAAAGGCAGCGUAAGUAACAUUGAAGAUAAUCUUCAACGAAGUGAAGUGUUUCAUCUCUUGGCACAUUUCUGCGAACAGCAGUAUAAGUCAAGAAAUCUCUUGGACCAAUUGGAAGAUCUAACAAAGAGGGUAAAGAGCAAGCGCAAUGAAAUCGAGGAGAUUAAGAUGCAUUAUGGUCGUACAUCAGUUUCGUCGGUGGAGAAGAAGAGCGUACAGAAAUACUAUAAUAGCCUAAAAAGCCAGGUUAACUCUGAAGACUCCGAGCUUCAGUCGUUGAAAAUUAGGCGAGAGGUAUUCGCAGCAAAUGCUCUCAAGUUUUAUUUGGACUCUCUUUUAGUAGCUGACGAAUUCAGCACAGACAUGGAUAACUUCUUUUCGUUAUUUUUGGAACUAUCCCAUGACAAUGAGUUGCAAAUCUCAAUUCUGGAAAACUUAGAAAAGCUCCCAAGUUCCAAACCACUAUCAUGGUGUACCCAGUUACUUUCAAGAAUUUCCAGUGAAGAUUCACCAUUUCAACACUCAGCACAAGAAUUGAUUUUGCGUAUUUGCAGAGAUCACCCUUUUCAUUCUUUGUACUACUUGAUUUCACUUUUAAAGCAUGACGAGGUUGCAAAAGAUACCUCAAACUCAAUGAUGUUAGCUCGAGUUGAAGCAGCACAGAAGUUGAAAGACAGGCUUGCCAGUCAGAAUGUUGACUUCAAUGCGACUAUUCUUUUGCCCAUCGAAAAACUCUCUGAUCAAUCCAUUCUUUUAAGCGAGUAUAAGGGUUCUAAAGGACGAAAGCUUGAUCUCGAGAAAUUGAAAGUUGGUAAUUAUUGGAUGAACGAGCUUCCGGCAGUUCCACCACCCACUUUGGAGAUAGCUGUAAGCGCUACAGGCUACGACGAAGUUCCACGAAUGGCCAGUGUUGUGCCUAAAGUAUCUAUUGCUACUUCAGGGCUUAGUUUGCCUAAAAUAGCGACUUUCAUUUUAUCGAAUGGCCAUCAGCACAAGAUGCUCCUCAAGCAUGGAACCGAUGACUUGCGUCAGGAUGCCACCAUGGAGCAAGUUUUCAAUAAAGUGAACGACAUCUUUGUUAAAGAUAGGGAGACAAGAAAGCGCAGGUUGAAGGUUCGGACAUACAAGGCUGUGCCUUUAGGGCCCAAGGCUGGAGUCAUUGAGUUCGUAUUGAACUCUAAAGCACUCAUAGAGGUGAUUCGUCCAUAUCACCAGAAACUUGACGGACUUAAGUCGGAUACAGCACGAGCACAGAUGAAGGAUUGUCAAACUGCUGACUUGACUGAACGUUUGAAGGUGUACAAUAAUAUCACCUCAAAAAUACACCCUGUCCUUCGCCAUUACUUCACAGAUAACUUCGUAUCUCCAGAUACAUGGUUCCAAAGUCGACAGAUUUACACUCGAGGUAUUGCAGCUUCUUCUAUGGUAGGACACAUACUAGGAUUGGGGGAUCGUCACUGCAACAACAUUCUUCUAGACGAAUUCACAGGCGAACCCAUCCAGAUUGACUUGGGUGUCGCAUUCGACCAAGGAAAGCGGCUACCUAUUCCUGAAACUGUUCCUUUCCGUUUGACCAGAGAUAUCGUUGAUGGUUUUGGAUUUAUGGGAACAAAAGGAUCGUUCAGUAAGUUAUGUGAGCACAGUUUCCGGGUGCUACGGUCCAACAAAGAACGUAUUCUUGCCAUUGUAGAUGUUUUACGAUGGGAUCCGUUGUAUUCCUGGUCAAUCUCGCCCAUCAGGAAGAAAAAACUUCAAGACGAGAACGGAUUCCAAGGUAUUGCUCCGCAUGAAGAUGGAUCUGAGGCGGGAGCAGCACUACUCACAGUGGUAGAGAAGCUUAAUGCUAGAGGUCUAAGUGUGGAAGCCACGGUUCGGGAAUUGAUCCAGGAAGCUACAAGUGCUGAAAACUUGGCAGUCAUCUAUUGCGGCUGGUGUCCAUUCUUUUAA